AUGAGGCUGUGGAGAUGUUUCAUCUCUCAACUCCUCACCGGAAGUGUCAUGCUUUUUGUCAGCUGCCAGGAGUUUAACAGCCAGGGAAACCUGAGCGUGGAACAACCGUUGCCCUUUUUGUUGGGCUCCGACCUCACGGUGUACUGCCACGCCAAUGAAUGUGAAAGGAGUGCCCAAGUAUUUUUGACAUUGAACGGCGAACGUGUGUCGCAUCAAAGCAGAGAGAAAUGCAGAUUCAUCUUCAAACUGGUUCGCAUUUGGGAGCCCAACUCCAUCGUGUUCUGUAAACUGCAACAGGACGGACUGACUACCGUCAUCGCCUGGAUGAGGCUGGUCGGCGGCCUCCCCCCAGAUACACCUGAGAACAUCACCUGCACAACCACCCGGAACUCCUCCUCAGUGGAGUGCCGGUGGCGGGAGGGCCGCAACACGCACGUGCCCACGUCCUACAACGUGACACUCAGCAGCGGGAACGUGACGUCCUAUCCGAUCACGGAGGCGGGCAAGGUGGUCCUACCCAGAGCCGCGCUGGAAGUGGACCGACGUUCUUGGCUGGUGGUUAGCGCUCACAACCGCUUGGGGCAGUCGCAGUCUGAGACGUACGCUAUGCGGCUCGCGGACAUGAUCAUCCCGCACAGCCCUCGCAUCACUCACGUCUAUUUUGGGAACUUCUCUACGGCCAUUUUGCUGUGGGAUGGCCCUGAAGACCUGUCACUCCUCAACGCUUCUGUCAGACUCCGCACGGACAACUUCUCCUCCUGGGAACCCAAAGAGUCCACGCGGCUCAGCCGAGAUGAGGUGAAAGUGGACGGUCUGAAGCCCCUGACGGACUACAACUUCCAGAUCAGGGCGUGUGCUGCCGGAGCUGGAAAUUGCAGCGAAUGGAGUCAGGCAGUGACCGGGAGAAGUCCUGGAAAAGGGCCAUCUCAACCGCUCCAUGCGUGGCGGAUAUUAAGCAACCGCGAGACCAGCUCACUGCAGGAUGUCACUGUUUUAUGGAAGGCUCCGGAUCCAGAGUCGUACAGUGGCCAGGUGGAGCGCUACAAGGUGGUCCUAGGCCAUGGUCCCGCAGAACAGGAAGUGAAUUGCUCCGCGUUGUUCAGCAAGUGCUCCCUUCAGGUGUCAUCCGACCUUCCGGCGCUUGGCUUCAGUGUAGUUGCCUCUUAUGGGACGUCGCCGCUGACCAGCGUCCCGCUCAGAUUCUCGGGUGAACCAGGGCCUGAGUUCCAGCUAGCUGUGCCAGACGCUACCGGAAGCGCAAUGCUAGUCUCCUGGGAUAAAGCAAUAAAGAGCACAUCAGGAAGUGAAGUACUGUACUGUAUACUGGAAUGGACUGGCGUGCCUAAUAGGAAAAAUCAGCUAAAUUGGAUAAAAGUUCCACCGGAUAAUAACAACGCAAGCAUUGCAGGCUUGACUGCAGGCGUUAGGUAUAACGUCACCAUUUACGCCGUGAGCAGACGAGGAGUCAGCACGCCGUCCUCCAUCCUGGCCUACUCGGGACAGCUCAAACCGGACGCCGGUCCCAGCGUGUCGGUGGUGGUCCACAGGCCCACCCGCCUCCUGAUUCAGUGGGAGGACCCCGCGGUAGAGCAGCAGAGGGGUUUCAUCACCAACUACACCGUAUAUCUGAGGACCCUCAACAUGCGCAGCCAAGAAACCUCAGUGGUGCUCCUCGCGGGGGUUCGCAGGCAAGCGUGGCUGGAGUAUCCCGAGGGGGCCGUGGCUAUCCAGAUGUCGGCGUCCACGUCUGCGGGAGAAGGCCCACGCGGUAACCCGGUCUCCUCUCGACCCAUGGAAUCCACAGAGGGCCCCAGUUUGUCUCAUGAGUUUGGGGAGCAUUCUGCAAGGCCUUGGGGGCCACGUCAAGCCGCUCUUCAGGGUACCAUCUGCAGCCCAAUGGGCAAACAGAACUUGUCAACCAAGAGCCGGAGGCCGCCCUUCGUCGGGUCUGUCAACAGCAUCCAUCUUCGUGGUCAUCACAUCUCCCCAGGAGUAACGACGCUAGUGUUGAGCAUGCUGGCUGUGGGGGUCUUCAUGGUCCAGCUAGCUUGCUGGCGCUGCGUGAGAAGAAGGAUCAAACAGAGAUGGGCAUUGUGGGGUCCAUAUUGGUUGGUGGAGAAGCUCCCCCAACCGAAAAAUAGCCAAGCCAUGAAACAGUUGGACACCUGGAGCGAGCCAUCCUUCUCGCGCACCAGCAGCGACCCUCAGCUGUCUCCCAUCAGUUUGCUUUCCGAUGAGCCCACUCUCCAGCAUCCCCUUAAAGCCGUCGUGGACGGUUACAAACCUCAAUUAACUGCGCUCCCGCCAGCCAAACAGACAAACCAGGACUGGUCACACCCAAUGGAGGUGGAAUCGAGUUCUGGCAAAUUUGGAGCACCCUUGGGGAACCUGCUGUCCAGCGUUGAAUUGGACUCCUCCGCCUGGCUGCUCGAUUUGGAAUUGGACUGGAGCAGAGAAAAAUGGGGAGACACGGAAGAGCAUCCCCUCUCGGUGGGUGAAACGGUGGUGAAUGUCUCCCUGGGUGGUGGCUACUUCCCACAAAUCUGCAUUCCAAGCAGUGGGCAGGAAGAAGAAUGA